AUGCCUGAUAAGAUUCUUGACGAAAUCUCGCACAGGCGCUACAAUCCCCUCAAGGGGUCGUGGCUUCUCGUGUCACCGCACCGAACGAAGAGACCGUGGCAAGGUCAGAAAGAGGAACCAGGAGUCAACAAGCUGCCUGAUUACGACCCCAAGUGUUAUCUCUGUCCACGAAACCCACGAGCCCAAGGCGAGAGCAAUCCCGACUACAGCCAGACCUUCGUCUUCGUGAACGAUUACAGCGCUGUUAAAGAACAACAACAAGACUACGAAGCAGAACCCUCAAGCGAUGAUCUAUCUUCGCUUCUACUUCGCGCCGAGGGCGUCAAGGGCAAGUGCUUCGUCCUCACCUUCUCGCCCAAACAUCACCUCACUCUCGCCGACAUGCCCGCCAGCGAGACGAUCCCCAUCAUCGAGACGUGGACGCGAAUCUACGCUGCCCACCUCGCCCCAACGAAUCCGCUUGCACAGGUCGCGGCAAACCUAGAUCUGAUGAGACGCGAAGCGCCGCCCGAGAGCCUUGUUCCCCCGCCGUCGCAACAACUGCGAUAUAUGCAGAUUUUCGAAAACAAGGGAGCUGCAAUGGGGUGUUCCAAUCCGCACCCGCACUGUCAGAUUUGGACGACGAGCACGCUGCCAGAAGAACCAGCGGCUGAGACCAUACAGAUGGCCAAGUACCGGACUGAGCACAGUGGACGACAUCUGCUGCAGGACUACGUCAAACUGGAAAUGGAAAAGCAGGAACGCAUCGUACACCAGAACGAGUCGUUUUUGGUCGUGUGUCCGUGGUGGGCCAUCUGGCCUUUCGAGGUUAUGAUUAUUACCAAGAGGCACGUUCGAGCCCUCGUUGAUCUGACGGAGCAAGAGCGAUUGCACUUCGCCGAAGCCAUACAAGAGGUGACACGGAGAUACGACAACCUGUUCGAGACUAGUUUCCCAUACAGCUCUGGCAUACACCAAGCACCGCUGGACGGGACCGACGAGGAAAUCGAGAACAGCUACUUUCAUAUGCACUUCUAUCCGCCCUUGCUUCGGUCGGCCACGGUGCGGAAGUUCCUGGUCGGAUACGAGCUGAUGGCCGAGCCGCAGAGGGACAUCACUCCUGAGCAAGCCGCCGUCAAACUGAGGGAUUGCGGAGGAGAGCUGUAUCGCAAGACGCUCCAAUAG